AUGGCUUCACAAGAAGUAUCCUCUUUACUUGAUCUUUAUUUUCAAUAUCCAAUAACAUUUCUUUCACUACGAGAUUUAUAUACAUUUGAAGUGAUUAUAUUACUUAUCUACGGUAUCAUGAUUAUAUUUUCGUUUUUUACAAAUCUUAUUGCAAUAAUUAUAUUUACUUUCGGUCAUCAUUCUCGAUCCGAACUGUCACCUUUUUUGCUUAAUCUAUCCGUAUUUAAUAUCAUAAUGACUGUUUACUGUAUGCCAUUUACAAUUACUUCGCUUAUAUUUCAACGUUGGUUAUAUGCACGUGAACUGUGUAUUGUACUUGAUGUCUUUAAAACAUUUUCUGUGUCGGGUGUACUAUUAACAUUAAUAGGAAUAGCCAUUGAUCGUUAUUGUGCUAUUAAAUAUCCAUUAGCAAUUAAAAUCUAUUCUGUUAGUAAAAGAAAUAUAAUUGCAUUAUUAAUUAUAUGGAUAUUGAGUAUUAUCAUAGCUGUAUUAUGGUCACCGGCUAGAUCAUUGCCAAUGCAACAAAAACGUUUAUGGGUGAAUUCUCGUUCAUUAUUAAAAGAUUAUAUACUUUCCAUUGACAAUGUUACAGACAUAUCGAAAUCAGAUUAUUUAUUAAAAGAUCUAGACUAUAAAAUUGUUGACACAAUUCAAUGUGUACCAAAUAAAGAAUCGCGACCAGUUGAAGUUCGACGAACAAUAUUAAACUUCUUGCAAACAUAUUUUUUUCCUCUAUUUAUUCUUGCUUUUGUUUAUCUACGUAUAGCAGCUAUGCUAUGGCAACGUUCUAAUGAUAAACCUAGUGAAAUCAAUGGCACAACAAUAACAGUAGAUCAUUUAUUUACUCAUGAGAGUAUACAAUUUAAGAAGAAAUUAAAACAAGGUAUUAAAAUGAUAAUUGCUGUCGUUGUUUUAUAUGCUGUACUUUGGCUACCAAUGAAUGUAUUUCAAUUAUCUCUCAAUUUACUUUGCUAUCAAGGAACCUAUUAUCAGAAUUUUUGUAGUCAUACAACAUUGCUACAACUUCUUUAUAUAGGAUCUCAUUUUUUAACUGUAUCAAAUACAGCCAUCAAUCCUAUUAUUUAUGGUUUUGCUCAUAUACGUUUUCGAAAUGAUAUUCGAGAUGUAAGACUUUGUCUAUUUCAUUGUCAAGGACGAUCACCAUUUAACUGUACUACGAGAUUUCCACGAACAAUUUCAAAUGAACUUCCAGAUCGAAAUCAAGAUUCUAAAUUGAAACUAACUUUAUUAUCAAAAACUCAUACAUUGAAUUAUUCGACGACAUUCGUAGUCUAUACAGAUUCUUCUGUUACAAAUAAAUAUACUAACAUGAGUUUUCCAACUGGUAUGAACACUGGCACGGGCUUACAUUAUCAAAAUGUGGCUGCUCGAAUGAAUUCUUAUGUAAAUCAUAAUGGCAACCACAGCCUUCAACAUGUUAAUGGUGGAUUUCAUCAAAUGCCAGUAUCCCAUGGAGUAGCCUAUGGAUCGAAUCAUUAUUUUGCUGGAGUUCCUCAUUUGGGCGUAGAUCCCGUGAUUGCUAAUAAUGCUGGUGGAUUCGCAAGAACAUUCAUGAGACAUCUAUUCACUCAUUAG